UUGAAACUCGGGUUUCUCUCCUCCACCCACUCUCCCAGUCCCGCGUUCCACGCCGCGGCUAGUCACUACCGCUCCUCAUCCUCUACCGAUCGCGCCCCUUUUGGUUAAUCGGGGCUGCCGUAUCACGUUGCGUGGUUCGUAAACCUUUCCGGCCCGCAUUAAUCCCAAUUUCCCCGCGUGCUAGCUCGUCGUGAAGCCAUGGCGGCCACUGACCUAACGUCGAAGAUAGCGCCGUUUUUGGACCGGCAUCUGGUGUUUCCGUUGCUGGAGUUUCUUCAGGACCGUCAGAUCUAUCCGGAGGAGGAGGUGUUGACGGCGAAGAUCGAGCUGCUGGCGCGCACCAACAUGGUGGACUACGCCAUGGACAUCCACAAGUCGCUGCACCACUCCGACCAAGUCCCGCCCUCGAUGGUGGAGCGGCGCGGCGAGGUGGUGAGUCGCCUCAAGUCGCUGGAGGAGGCGGCGGCGCCGCUGGUGGCGUUCCUGCAGAACCCGGCGACGGUGCAGGAGCUGCGGUCCGACAAGGCGUACAACCUGCUCAUGCUGCAGGAGAAGUACCAGAUCGGCGCGGCGGGCGUGGAGGCGCUGUACAGCUACGCCAAGUUCCAGUUUGAAUGCGGCAACUACAGCGGCGCCGCGGACUUCCUAUACCAGUACCGCCUGCUCUGCUCCGACCCCGCGCGCGCGCUGAGCGCGUCGUGGGGCAAGCUGGCGGCGGAGAUCCUCAUGCAGAGCUGGGACGCCGCCGGCGACGAGCUCGCGCGCGUCAAGGAGAUGAUCGACUCGCAGAGCGUGGCGUCGCCGCUGGCGGUGCUGCAGCAGCGCACGUGGCUGCUGCACUGGGCGCUGUUCGUCAUGCUGCACUCCGAGAACGGCCGCUCCAACCUCGUCGAUCUCUUCCUCACUGACAAGUACCUGAGCGCCAUUCAGACCAAUGCGCCGCACCUGCUGCGCUACCUGGUGGCGGCGGUGCUGACGUGCAAGCGGCGCCGCAGCGCCGUCAAGGACGUGGCGCGCGUGGUGGAGGCGGAGCGCCACGCGUACAGCGACCCGCUCACGCUCUUCCUGACCGCGCUUGUCACGGACCUCGACUUCGACGACGCGCAGACCCGCCUCAAGGAGUGCGACGAGCUGCUGGCGAACGACUUCUUUUUGGGCAAGCGCGUGGCGGAGGCGGGGUACGUGGCGGUGCCGUUCCAAGAGGAGCUCAUCGACAGCGCCAGGAUGCUGCUGUUUGAGAACUACUGCAGCAUCCACCGGCGCAUCCACAUCAAGGUGCUGGCGGAGAAGUUGAACAUGGCGGCGGACGCGGCGGAGCGGUGGAUAGCGAACCUCAUCCGCACGGCGAAGCUGGACGCCACCAUCGACUCCGAGGCCGGCACGCUCGUCAUGACCACCGCACAACCCAACGUGUACGAGAACCUAAUAGAGCGGUCGAGGGGCCUCACUUCUCGCACGUAUGCCCUUGCAGGCAAUGUGGGCGCCAUCUCCAUCCAGCACUAGCGCCAUGCCGUCAACACUAGAACAAGUGGUGGAUUUAGAGCCUCUGUUUUUUUUAGAACGCCCUCUCAGCUACGUUGUUGCUUGCUCUCUCUUGCUUGUACGGUAUGGUCUUGGCACCUCCAUGACCCAGUGCCAUAAGCUCCAUGUCUCAUGAUCAGUCUGCCAACCAAGUGUAGUCUUGAUAUGCAAUGCUGUUGGAAUAAUAGUGCACGUUCUGGAAUGCACAUGUGACAUGGCGCAUGCUUCGCUGCAGGUCUCUAGAUGUAGUUUUACAU